UAACUUUCUCUUGUCUUGUGGGGUGAGUUGAUGAUCAGAUCAUGAGUAGGCCAGGAGACUGGAAUUGCAGGUCAUGCAACCACUUGAACUUCCAAAGAAGGGACUCAUGCCAACGGUGUGGAGAGCCAAGACCUGGUGAUUACGGAAGUUUUGGUGGGAGAGGUAGUAGCUCAUCUUUUGGAUUCAGUACUGGUCCUGAUGUUAGGCCUGGUGACUGGUACUGCACCGUUGGCAACUGCGGAGCCCAUAACUUCGCUAGCCGCUCCAGCUGCUUCAAGUGUGGCGCUUCCAAAGAUGACUCUGGUGGAUUAGUUGAGGGUGACAUGCCUCGAAUGAGAAGUAGUUUUGGCUUCGCCAGUGGUAGCUCUAGUCGCUCUGGAUGGAAAUCUGGGGACUGGAUUUGUACCAGGUCUGGUUGCAAUGAACACAACUUUGCUAGUCGUAUGGAAUGUUUCAGAUGCAAUGCUCCUAGGGAUUCUGGCAAUAAGUUUUCGUAUUAAUCAUAUUGUCCUUAAAUUUUCGACCACUGCAGUCCAACAUGGAAUGAAGAAAUUAAGACAAUGGCUAUGGCAUCGAAGAAUUCAGUCUCCUUUUUGCUCCCUAUCUACAUAUCUAUUUAUUUCUUAAUUUUAGAGAUUUAAGGGUUUUCUUCUGCUAGCUAGGGAUGAAGGCUUCAGUUGUUAGCAUUUUGUGAGGUUUCUAAUAUCAAGUAUACGCAUGUAGUUCUGUAUUAUCAAUCUGAUAUCUAUCAGUGUCUUUUUUUUGUGAUGGUUUAAUUUGAAGCUACUUUAAAAAUGGU